AUGGUCCUCAACGACUUGAGCAGCCAACUGACCUCAGCGCUGCGCUCGUUGCAGAAGGCGGCUUCUUCACUCAAUGAGGAGGAUGACGAGCCGUUGGAGGAGUGCCUGAAGGAGAUCGCUAAAGCUCUGCUCCAGGCUGAUGUGAAUGUCAAGUACGUCUCGAAGCUGCGGCAGAGUAUUAGAACACAGAUGAAGCUCUACGAGGGCGCGGCGAUUAAUCGGCAUAAGACUGUGCGCAAACUCGUUUUCGAUGAGCUUGUUAAAUUACUAACGCCUUCUAGGGCACCUCGGACACUCACUAAGGGCCGGUCCAAUGUAGUUAUGUUCGUCGGUCUGCAGGGCAGUGGCAAGACAACAUCAUGCACUAAAUACGCCCUGUACUACCAACGACGAGGAUGGAAGGUGGCGCUAGUCUGUGCUGAUACAUUUAGAGCUGGGGCGUUCGAUCAACUGAGGCAGAACGCGACUAAAGCUCUUAUCCCCUUCUAUGGCAGCCAUACUAUAACAGACCCGGUACAGGUGGCUUCAGAAGGUGUGGAGCUUUUCAAAGAGGAGCGAUACGACCUUAUCAUUGUCGACACUUCAGGGCGGCAUAAGCAAGAGUUGGCACUGUUCGAUGAGAUGAAACAGGUGAGGCAAUGGGGAAGCGGUGAAGCUGAUGAUGUGAUAUUCGUGAUGGACUCCCAUAUUGGCCAGGCUUGCAGCGCUCAGGCAGCAGCCUUCUCGAAUGCGGUGGAUGUUGGGUCGGUCAUCAUCACCAAGCUGGAUGGACAUGCGAAGGGUGGUGGCGCUUUAUCGGCUGUAGCUGCCACAGACUCUCCCAUUAUAUUCAUCGGUACUGGUGAGCAUCUCGAUGACUUCGAAAGGUUCGAAGUGAAGGGCUUCGUUGGGCGGUUACUGGGAAUGGGUGACUUGGCCGGUUUAGCAGAUAGCAUUGCCAACGCUGUUGACAUCGACGAGCAGAAGAAGACGAUGGAGCGACUCCAGGCGGGUAAGGCGUUCACUCUGCGAGAUCUGUAUUCACAGCUGCAAGCGGUGAUGAACAUGGGAUCCAUGUCGAAGAUGCUGAGCAUGUUACCGGGCAUGGGCGGCAGUAGUCUUCCUACGAUGUCCGAUGAAGCUUCAGUGAAGCGCAUCAAGCGGUUCUUGGUUAUGAUGGACUCGUUGACAGCAGCUGAAAUGGACUCAGCGAAGCCGAUCACUGAAGGCACGAGGAUAAUGAGGAUAUCGAGAGGCAGCGGCAGCCAUCCCUAUGCCGUCAUCGAAUUGAUAGAAGAGCAUAAGAAGAUGCAGAAGAUGCUACAACGUAUGGGGAAGACAGGUCUCCUCUCGAAGGCUGGAGACCUUACCAACAUGGUACGGAAUCCGCAACAAGUGAUAAGUAAGUUGAAAGCGUCCGUAGAUCACGAUACAUUAGCGAAAAUGGGCGGAGCGGAGAACUUUUUUAGUAUGAUGAAAGAGAUGGAGCAGAAUGAGGAAAUGCAGGCCUUAUCUAAGAAGCUGUCUAGUGGCAGCAAAAAGAGAUAA